AUGAUCAGGGUUCGUCACCCGCAAGGAACGUCCUCAUUCCAGGUCGACGACUGCUCCACUACACUCUCAGAACUGCAAACCUACAUCGAGCAGCAAUCCGGCCUUUCAGCCUCCGACCAAGAGCUCAAGAUUGGCUACCCACCAAAAGCUCUCUCUCUCACAUCCACAUCUCCUGAAACACUGCUAAGCUCAGAUGCGAUUGGAAUCAAGAAGGGUGAGCAGGUGAUCGUCGCUCGUCGAGCAGGCACUGCCUCCGCUGCUGCUUCCGCACCAUCUUCAUCCUCUGCAUCCUACGGCGCAACAUCGUCGUUCGGAGCUAUGGGCGGCCCCAAGCCAAACAUCUCUACCGCUACCGGUCCUCGCUCUUCCGGCCUGGGAAUCAGAACUCUACAAGACGGCCUUACUGCCCAACAACCUCCCUCUUCAUCCUCUUCAACAUCUGCAUCGAACAAAGUCGCCGACGGAAGCGUCUCCAUCCCUCUCCGCUCAUCAUCAGGCUCGCUAACACUCAAAGUAGUACCGGACGACAACUCAUGCUUGUUCAACUCCAUCGGCUACCUCUUCUCACAUCAGCUUUCAGCUUCUACCUGCAGCGACCUUCGACAAACGGUAGCCUCUUCCAUUCGAUCCGACCCAGACUCGUACCUCGAUAUCGUCCUUGGCGAGCGACGAGAGAGCUAUAUUUCUAAGAUUACUUCGCCUCAGACCUGGGGUGGAGCAAUCGAGCUUUCUAUCCUUUCGAAGCACUUUGCGGUUGAGAUCGACUCUAUUGAUGUUGCGACAGGGACAGUGCACAGGUUUGGAGAGGAUAUGGGGUACGAGAAUCGAGGCAUUGUGAUUUAUAGUGGUAUCCACUACGACGCACUGCAGCUGAACGAGGCAAGUGGGGAGGGGACGACGAUCUUUCCCAAUCUGAAAGCAAUUGGAAUAUCGGAGCAGGAAGAUGAGAUUCUUCAAGCAGCGAAGGAGCUGGUGAAGGAGUUGAAGAGGAGGAGGUACUAUACGGAUACGGCAAACUUUAGUCUAAAGUGCAAGACGUGCGGCAAAGGGCUGACGGGGGAGAAGGAGGCUGUAGAGCAUGCGAAGAGCACUGGUCAUGGAGAUUUUGGUGAGGUCUAA